UGUUAAAAUGAAUUCCUUAACAAAUCAGUUAAAACAAACAGAAAAUGUUCAUGUGUGAUGAUGAUAAGAAAGAAGCAGUACUUAAGGAUUGCAACAAAAGGUGGAAAGAAUUCAAAACAAGAUUGACACGAGAAUACUUCACAAGUGAAGAGAAAGAGAAAGAUGCAGUGGAGGACCCGUUGUCAAAAAAAAGAAAAAAAAAUGUAGUGGAUGACCCACCAUGGGAUCUGUAUGUGGGCAUUGACGAGGAUGAUUGGAAAGAGUUUAAAAGACAACGUGAAAGUGAUGAAUUUAAGGCUAUAAGUGCAAGAAAUAGAGAAAACCAAGCUAGAAACGAGCACCCCCAUCAUUUGGGUAGUGGUGGAUAUGCAACAAGAGAAAAUCAAUACAUCAAAGAGCAGAUUAAACAGUCCCUUUUGUCAGGUUCAUCAUCUGAGAAACCCACAUUGAGUCCGAGACCUCGUCAUGAGAGCUGGAUCGAGGGAAGAAAAGACAAGACGGGUAGGAUCACAAACAAAAAGACUCAAGCGAUAGUAGAUUUGAUAGUAAGUAUCUCAUUUCGUUUAAUAAAUAAAUAUAAUGUAUUUUUUCAAUAAGGAUUUAAUUAUGCAUUAUUAAUCAUUUGAUUUUCUUACUUUGAAAUAGUAUGAACUGAUGGAAAAAGAAAAGUCAGGCGAGUUCAAAUCUGUUAGAAGCCAUGAUAUCUUGACUGAAGCGCUUGGGAAUGCAGAGCAUGGUGGACAUGUUAGGGGAGUUGGAGGGAGAGCAACUAUUACUUCAAUUUUUAAAAGGAAGAAGCGAAGUUGUCAAAAUGAAGGAGUAUUUACAUAUGCGCAAGUAGAAACAUUCUCGUUUUAUCACAGAACAAGUAAGGGACCAAACAAGAGCUGAAAUGAGAGUUGUUGCCCUUGACAUACUCAAAUCUUGCGGUGUAAAAGUUCUUACUGAUGUUGAGGUGGAUAUGCCCCUACAUAACCUUA